AUGGUACAAAAGACCAGUAUGUCUCGGGCCUCUUAUCCACCCACCCAGGAUAUCCCGAUGGAGGUCUUCGACCCCAGUUUACAGCAGGGCAAGUACAGCAAAAGGAAGGGACGGUUUAAACGCUCGGAUGGCAGCACCUCCUCUGACACCACAUCUAACAGCUUUGUCCGCCAGGGCUCAGCAGAGUCCUAUACCAGUCGGCCCUCAGACUCAGAUGUAUCCCUAGAGGAGGACAGGGAAGCCCUGAGGAAGGAGGCAGAGCGCCAGGCAUUGGCACAACUUGAGAAAGCUAAGACCAAGCCAGUGGCAUUUGCAGUGAGGACAAAUGUGGGCUACAACCCAUCACGAGGGGAUGAGGCGCCUGUCCAGGGCAUGGCUAUCACCUUUGAACCCAAGGACUUCCUGCACAUCAAGGAGAAGUAUAAUAAUGACUGGUGGAUAGGACGACUGGUGAAGGAGGGCUGUGAGGUAGGCUUCAUCCCCAGCCCUGUCAAACUGGACAGCCUACGGAUGGUACAGGAGCAGAAACUGCGUCAGAAUCGUCUCAGCUCCAGCAAAUCGGGAGACAACUCCAGCUCCAGUCUGGGAGAUGUCGUGACUGGCACCCGAAGACCCACUCCGCCAGCCAGCGGUAAUGAUAUGACUAACUUAGCUUUCGAGUUAGAUCCCCUAGAAUUAGAGGAGGAAGAAGUUGAGUUCUGCGACCAGACCGGCUCCCCUAAGCCUAGUGUUAGCAGUAUCACCACCCCGUCUCCCCAUGGCAAGCGAAUCCCCUUCUUUAAGAAGGCGGAACAUGUGCCCCCUUAUGAUGUGGUACCUUCCAUGAGGCCCAUUAUCCUGGUGGGACCAUCACUCAAGGGUUAUGAGGUCACAGAUAUGAUGCAGAAGGCUUUAUUUGAUUUCUUGAAGCAUCGAUUUGAUGGCAGGAUCUCCAUCACUCGAGUAACAGCUGACAUCUCUCUUGCCAAACGUUCUGUCCUCAACAACCCUAGCAAACACAUCAUUGUUGAACGCUCCAACACUCGCUCCAGUCUAGCUGAGGUACAGAGUGAGAUUGAACGGAUCUUUGAGCUGGCCCGGACCCUACAGCUGGUUGCCCUGGAUGCUGAUACCAUCAAUCACCCUGCCCAGCUGGCCAAGACAUCGUUGGCCCCUAUUAUCGUUUACAUCAAGAUUACCUCCCCUAAGGUACUUCAGCGCCUCAUUAAGUCCCGAGGAAAGUCUCAAUCCAAACACCUCAAUGUUCAGAUAGCAGCAUCAGAAAAAUUGGCACAGUGCCCACCUGAAAUGUUUGACAUCAUCCUGGAUGAGAACCAAUUGGAAGAUGCCUGUGAGCAUCUAGCAGAGUACCUGGAGGCCUAUUGGAAAGCUACCCACCCACCUAGUAGCACACCGCCCAACCCGCUGCUCAACCGUACCAUGGCCACUGCAGCCCUGGCUGCCAGCCCUGCCCCAGUUUCCAACCUCCAGGGAGCCUACCGUGUGCCUGGGGAUCAGCCGUCUGAGCGGGCAGUGGGAGAGCGAGCCAGCUUACAUGAGUACCAGGGUGAGCUGGGCCAGUCCCAGGGCCUCCACACCGGCAGUCACCCUCCAGGCCGGGCAGGCACUCUUCGGGCACUGUCCCGCCAGGACACUUUUGAUGCUGACGCCUCAGGCAACCGUAACUCUGCCUACAUUGAGCUGGGGGACUCUUGUGUUGACAUGGAGACUGAUCCCUCUGAGGGCCCAGGGCCUGGAGACCCUGCUGGGGGCAGCUCUCCACCUGCCCGACACGGUUCCUGGGAGGAGGAAGAUGAAGAAGAGGAGGAGCUGCCCGACAACCGAAAUCGGGCCACACCCCGGGGCCCCACCAAACCCCAGUAUUGUCCAGAAGGGGGUGGGGCUAUGCUGGGCAGAAACAAGAAUGAGCUAGAGGGCUGGGGAAGGGGUGUCUAUAACCGCUGAGGCUGGAGGGCAGGGGCUGGGAGGAGAUAGGUUUCAGGGUAAGGAAAGAGGGCAAAUACUGGCCAACCUGGAGAGCUAGGAGAAGAGUGGGGUGUCUCAUCUCCUGGGGGCAUUGUCACCCCACAUAGGUAAUCACCUCACCUAAGGAGCAAUAGCUUUCCCUCUAGGGGGAGGGUAUCUCACCUGGAGGGGCGGGCUGGGAUUAUCCUCACCCCAGAGGAGGUUACCUCACCUCUGGGGGACAUCUCACCCUUCUGGGAUGCCUUUACUUCACUCUUUUUUAGAAGAGUAUAGGUAUAGAGUAUUGUCCAACUACUCUGUGGAGUGUGAUCUCACUUCCUGAGAGGGGAAAUGACCCUUCUUGGGGUGGGUGUCUCACUUCUAGGGGGAGAGUCCUGCCCUUCUGCGAUGCCUUUGCUCACUCUUGUGGGAUAUCAUCUCACCUCCUGGGAAGUGGGGGGAGCGGGGAGGGGUUCAGCACCCGAGUGCAGAGUAUUAUCCUGCUUUGCGGGGGAGGAGGUGGGUCACCUGAGGGAAUGAGGUAAGUGCCCUUCUCUAGGCUGUUUACCUUCUUUACUUUAGGGUGUUUUCUCCCCAAAGUUCAUUAACCCUUUUAGCCCCAGGUCAUAAGCGAAAGUCUUAAUAGGGUUGGCAUUUCCCCCCUCCCAUCUACUCUUGAGGAACUGGGAAGGGUGGAGAAGAAGGGUUCCUCCUGGAUUGAGAAAUGCACAGAACAUUCUUUCUAUGAGACCUAUCUCCUCUCUUGAGCCCUAGAUCCAGCUCCCUCCUCAUUCUCCAGUUUCUUGGCAGCUUUGUUAGGAGUUCCGGGGUAAAGGAUGGAGCUUGUAGCCCUGUCCCAUUCAUAUUGGUGGGGAAGGGUCCUGGGUGUGAGUGAGUAACCAGCAUCAAGUUCAUGAUCACAGAUCCCCGGGGGAGGGGAGGGGCUGUCUAAGCCUAAUGCCUCAAACACUUGCGGGAGGAGAAAGAUGGGAACCUCUCCCUUUCUUGGGGCCCAUCUGUCCACCCCCAUGCUUCAGCCUCUGACCCCUCUCCCAUGACCUUUGCUUCCAGUCACCAGUACACUUUACUCUUGCCAAGCCUAAACAAGAGGAAUCUCUUUCCUCUCCCCACUCCCUUAACUCCAUGCCUCUGUGGUAUGGUACCCAUGGUAAGCUGUUCCCUGUCUCUUCUGGAAACCAAAAAACUGUUUUCCCUAUUCUUGCCCUGGAGACCAGUCCUAUUUCCCUGGCCCAGGCUUAGCAAGGAAAGAGGCCAGGGCCUUGGCUGGCAUUGGGACGGUGCCCUCACCCUACGGGCAUUGCCCCAUACUGACCUCAGCUUCUCCCUUCUGGAGUCCCUGCUCGCUGCUGCUCUGUGUCUGCCUCUUGUGUUAUUAACUCCAUCUCCAAGUCCCCAUUGCUCUGAGGAGAGGCUCCAGGCCUCAUUGAGACCACCAUCCUCUCCCAUUCCACUUAGGGUUGUCAUCUUGACUUGGUGUUUGUAAUACCCCCCCAGCUCUCUCCGGGGAAGAGAACCAUUUGUGCCAAUGAGGUCUGGGCCCUGCCUGCCUCAGGGAUGGGCGCCAUCAUGCCUGUCUCACCACCUCCUGUGCCAACUUUGCCCCCAACUCCUCACUCACUUUGGGGAGGGUAGGUGGGGACAUAGCUUCAACUCACCCGUUGGAAGACACCACUGCCCAGCCUCUCCCCUUUCUCUCUGUCCCUCCUCCUGAGCGUCUGUCUCUCCUCCUAGACGUCUUUCCCUCCUAUCUCUUGGUUGAAUAUUUUCCCAGAUAUAUAUUAAAACAAAAAACAAACAAAAAAAAUACCCCACCAACCCCUGUCCUUUCCCUAAGCCUGGUCCUUUUUCACCACCAUGCAUGUGGGAGCAGGUGCGUGCAUGGACAUACUCGUGAGCUGACAUGCAUGGGAG